AUGUCUGAUAGCAAUAGUGCCCGUCCUCCCACCAAAGUGUGGACGACUCUCAUCACGAACACAGAAUACCUGUCAGUACCCUUUGGUGGCGUUGUACACCGACACCUUCCCGGAAGAAGGCCACAAGGCCCUGGACGCCCGGGGAUCCUCAAGCAGCGGGUAGCCUAUCUCUUACCGUCUACUCCCAAGGCAUUCACCAAUGACCCCCGCUUCUACGACUGCUGGUCGAAGCUCACGCCAUUCUCCCUGGUUGAAUAUGAGCGCGUCGUCCAGCUGGACAGCGACAUGCUCGUCCUCCAGAACAUGGACGAGCUAAUGGAACUCGACCUCGAUCCACCCUCCCAGAACGGCGAGGGCAAUCGGGUUUUCGCCUGCAGCCACGCUUGCGCGUGCAAUCCCUUGAAAAAGCCUCAUUAUCCUGAGAAUUGGAUCCCCAAAAAUUGUGCCUAUACAACCCAGCACUCCAAUCCCGAAGCGGCGCAAACCACCGGCGCCCCCUCGGAUACAGCCCUGGGAAUCCCCAACGGCGGCCUCCAAGUCGUGAACCCGUCCAAGGGCGUCUACGACAAGAUCAUCGCCCAGCUCGCCAAGGCAGACACGUCAAGCUACGACUUCGCUGACCAGUCGCUCCUCGGUGACCUGUUUCACGGCCGAUGGGUCGGGCUUCCGUAUAUCUACAAUGCGUUGAAGACGCUCCGCUGGGAAGGCGUGCAUGAUGCUAUCUGGCGCGACGACAGGGUCAAGAAUUCCCAAGCCUUGGGACGAGUGGGUCAAGGGUCAGGUUGUUGGGGUGCGCCGGAGGAGACGAAGGAUCCGGCGCAUAAGUGGUGGCAUUCCGUGAAUGAAGAGCGGUUGGAGGCGGAGGAGAGGGCUGGAUUGAGGGAUGGGUUCUGA